AUGGACCAGGGCAUCGAAAGCGGCCUUGGUGAGGGGAAUAGACCCGUUGACGGCUAUCCCGGUCGUUUAGACGGCCUGGAGUCGCCGUUGUCGAGUGUCAUACCUGCCCCCGGAUCCGAGGGUGGAGAACCAGCGUCGCCUCCUUCCUUUGCCAACAGACUCGACACAUCGGCCCAGCCUCAGGAUGCGUCCCCGGAGCGGUACUCCGAGGCUACCCCGACGAUAAUGGUAUGGGCAGAGGACGCAGGCAUCGACGACUCUGGAAUAUCAUCAUCACAAAUGGACACUAGCCCUUCCGACGAGGAUAUGAACCGGGACAAUAGCGAUGCUCUCUUGCAAGCCGCCGACGAGGAUGGCAUCGUCGACUCCUUCACAUCCUCCCUCUCAGCUCUCACGGAGCUUUCGGACGUCUCAUCGCUUAAAUCUGGCAGCUCCAGCAAAGCUACUACCCCUGCCGAAGUCGAUGCGGCACGAAGCCAACAGGGCGAUGGACAGGCUCGAAUAUUUACGCCUUUGUCCUACCAUCACGGUAUUGAUCGGCUCAACUUCACAGUGCUGCCCAAGUCGUCCGUUCCUACCGACAUCCCUCCUCAUCAAUACGCGGCUGAAUGUAUCGAAGCGGCUGAGUCGUCGCGGCUCAAUCCGUAUGCACUUCAUCCCGACGAGUAUCAUCUGCUGCGACAUCACAUUUCACACUCCCAGGUCACGACAUACCUCAAUAUUCGGAACCAGAUAUUGCGCAUAUGGAUCAGGCGCCCCUGGACAUGCGUGACUCGGCAGGAGGCCGUGGGUUGCGCCAACGCACGAUGGUUCGACGCUGCAAGUGUUUGUUACGACUGGCUAAUUCGCCGCGGGUACAUCAACUUUGGAUGUGUCGCCUUGCCAGAAGCGCACAGCAAUGGGCAUGACAUGCCCCGAGUCAAGCGGCGGAAAACAGUGGCCGUUGUUGGUGCCGGCAUUUCCGGACUAGCCUGUGCUAGGCAGCUGGAAGGCCUAUUCGAACAGCACGCCGGCAGAUAUCACGAUAGUGGUGAGGAAAUACCACGCGUCGUCAUUGUCGAGGGCAGGCGUCGCGUGGGCGGCAGGGUAUAUUCGCGAGAAUUUCGAUCCAAGCCCGUCAACGAUGUCAACGACUUCAAUAGCAAAAGGCAUACGGCCGAAAUGGGGGGAAUGAUCAUCACAGGCUUCAACAGGGGAAAUCCAAUGAACGUUCUUGUUCGCGGGCAGCUGGGACUGCCGUACCACACCUUGUCCGCCGAGACGACAAUUUACGACAGCAACGGAAAGCCAGUGGAUCCUGUCCGCGACGAGCUAGUGGAGAAGCUAUACAAUGACUGCUUGGAUCGAGUGAGCGAGUACAAGUUCAAACCGCAGCCUUCCAAGUUGAUUGAAGGCAACCGGGAUCUUUUGGACGAAGGGCGUGAUAGCCAGAACGACGGGAACAAUCCCAGAUCGAUCAUGCAGGUAGAGGAGGCAACAGCGGCUCUGCCUCACGCGCCCUCUGUAUCUCAGCAGAGCGUGCCUGAGAAGGUCAACAUGGUUCCUGUUUCGGCGGACAAGCUGACCGGGCGAGUUCACACAGAACCUGGAGUGCCUGGCACACUUCGCGCGUCGGACAAAGCGAAACUCAUGGGCUGGAGCCUAAGAUCCGGUGCACCCGGCGACCACGACAUUAGCCUCACCGAUGCUGCAGCGCGCGAAGAGUCGACCUUGGGCUCCUUGCUGGACUUUGCAAUCACCCAAUACCGACAUCUGGUGGACUUGAAUCCCCAAGAUCAUCGGCUCAUCAACUGGCACAUAGCCAAUCUAGAGUACAGCAAUGCCACGAAUCUGCACAACCUUAGCCUUGGGUUAUGGGAUAUUGACGCGGGCAACGAGUGGGAAGGCCACCACACAAUGGUUGUGGGGGGCUACCAAAGUGUUGCUCGUGGCUUGUUACAUUGCCCGAGCAUGCUGGACUUGACCACGGGUUUUCCCGUCAGCAAGAUCAAGUACCACAGCGAGGACUUCUCUGGACCAGCCUGCAUUGAAUCAGAGGAUGGAAGAAUUAUCGAAGCCGACUGCGUCAUUUGCACGGUUCCGCUUGGUGUAUUGAAACAAGGUAAUAUCGCAUUCGACCCUCCACUUCCUGCUUGGAAAACAGAGGCCGUUAAGCGGCUCGGUUUCGGUGUUCUGAACAAGGUGGUGUUGGUAUACGACAGAGUAUUCUGGGAACAAGAUCGGCACAUCUUUGGGGUCCUUCGCGACGCGCCGAACCGCCACAGCACGUUGCAGAAGGAUUAUGGGCUGAACCGCGGUCGCUUCUUCCAGUGGUUCAACGUCACAAGCACCACCGGCCUGCCUUGUCUCAUCGCGCUCAUGGCUGGUGAUGCUGGCUUCGAGACAGAAAGCUCCAGUAACGACCAGCUCAUUUCUGAGGCUACAGACAUACUGCGCAGCGUCUUUGGCAAGGACGUGCCCUACCCCGUCGAAUCCGUGGUGACUCGCUGGGGCUCGGACCGAUUUGCGCGGGGCAGCUACUCGUCGGCUGCCCCAGAAAUGUUGCCUGACGAUUACGACACCAUGUCGCGAGGCAUCGGUAACCUUUUCUUUGCUGGCGAGCACACAAUCGGCACCCAUCCGGCCACGGUGCAUGGUGCCUACUUGUCGGGUUUGCGCGCGGCUUCCGAGGUAUUGGAAGCCAUGCUCGGUCCAGUUGAGGUCCCAACGCCGCUUAUCCUACCAAGGGACUCACUCUUGCUGCACAAACGUAAAGAGGCCGCCAAGGAUCCCAGACAAGCUCGCCUAGAGGCAUACGAGGUCGAGGUGUGGGACUUCAUCCGCUUGCAGAUCGGAGAAAGACCUGCCCGGCCAAACAAGGUCGCGGGAAACGCUUAUCUACUUUACAGCAAGGCGCAUUUUGAGGAUGCGAAGAAGCGGUGUGAGGAGAAUCGCAAGACCGGCAAGACGCGCAGUAUGCCGAAUGAGGUGCGCAUAAUGACUUCCAAGAUGUGGAAGGAGGCCACACCUGAAGAACGCAAGCCUUUUGAGGAUGAGGCAGCUUUUCAGAAGCGGACAUAUUCCGAGGCUAUGCAGACAUUCAACGAAGAGUCCCAGGAGUGGGAUCAGAGGGCAAUGUCUCUGAGGGCCACGUACGAAAAGGAGCAUCCGUUCGAACCGGGCGACAGCGACGCAGCAUACGGAGCGCGGCUCUCGCACAAGCAUCGCAGGGCCAGGCAUGUCAGCUACGUAGAGGAUCGCGACAGCGAGAGGGAUAAGUGA